AUGUCUGACUCGGAGUUGAAAAUUGUCGGCACAUAUGGUCUCCGCAACAAGCGUGAAGUCUGGCGUGUCCAGCUUACCUUGUCCAAGAUUCGACGUGCUGCUCGUGAGCUCCUCACCCUUGAUGAAAAAGACCCGAAGCGCCUUUUUGAGGGUAAUGCCUUGAUUCGCCGUCUUGUCCGUGUCGGUGUGCUCGACGAAUCCCGUAUGAAGCUCGAUUACGUCUUGGCCCUUACGGUCGAAGACUUCUUGGAACGCCGUCUCCAGACCCAGGUUUACCAGCUCGGUUUGGCCAAGUCCAUUCACCACGCCCGUGUCCUCAUCAAGCAGCGACAUAUCCGUGUUGGAAAGCAAAUUGUCAACGUUCCCUCUUUCGUUGUCCGUCUUGACUCCCAGAAACAUAUCGACUUUGCCCUUACCUCUCCCUUUGGUGGAGGACGCCCUGGUCGUGUCCGGAGAAAGAAAAGUAAGGCUGCUGAGAAAGGUGGUGAGGACGAGGAGGAAGAGGACGAAGAGUAG